AUCAGUUCACUGUCUUCCGCAUUUGCAUUUUGUUUUGUUUUUUUGGUUGUCUUUUUUUAAUCUACAAGUCCCCUUGUCAAUUCCCAGAUGUGUAGGCGUGGAGGUCUGUAGUGAUAAUUGCUGUCUUGUUUAGACUCAUGUUAAAGAGUCUUGGGUGACUGAACAUUCCAAACAUCAAUUUCAGGUCAUUCUCUCCUCCUGUAUCUAUUUCAAUCCCUCUUAUCUAUGUUAUUUGACGAUUAUACAAACAGGAUUUAAAAUAAAAGGUUGUCAGUUUGCAUUGUAAUCUAUAUACAUCUUUUUCAAGGGAGCAAGAGAUGACUGAACAAUCAAACAUUAGAAAAUAAAGAAACAUGGGAAGGUGAUAGAAUUGGAUUUUUACUCAAGCCCAAAACUCUACAGGAGUUCAAGCUCUCUUUUUGCAUUUUUUUUGCUUUUUAUUGGACAGUAUCAGUGGAGAAGCAGACAAGAAAUUGAGAAGUGGGGAUGCAAAAGAGAACGACAUGCAAAGCAUCUUGUGUUGUGGCCUGUCAUGCUGUGUGUGACCUUAACAGGGCUUCACUUGUUCACUCAAAAAAUGGUAACACUGCAGUCACCGAUUCUGUUGCCUUCAUUUGAGUAAUUUAUUCACACUUUAAACGAGAUAAUAAAAUAUGUCUAAGGCUAACUUGGGGUCAAAGACUGUCCUGAUGCCAUUUUCUACAGUUUUGUUUGUGUUUGCUAAAGAAAAAAGACUUAUUCCCACAUAUUCCUUUCUUAACAGCUGGACAUCAUCUGAUUAAUUCUAAUAAAUCAAAAAAUAAUUAGUCAUGAAAUUAUUAGAUUAGAGCAAUGCGAGGCAAAAAAGAAAAGAUUUACGUUGCCUUAAUAGGUUUAAAAAUUGUGAGUAUAGAGUGUUAUUUGCAAUCAACACAUAAAAAGUCGAUCUACCAGGUCAAAAGACAAACUGUGGAUAGUGCAACGAGGAAUAUGCCUUAAUCAUUGGAUUACUGAGCAAUCUAGUUGUGUUUUUUUGUAUUUUCAAGUGAAUAAAAACAUUUAAUGUAUGGAUAUGUAAACCACUCAGUGCACCUUUAUACACACUCAAACGUAAAGCAAUACAAAACUGCACUAAACUCCUAUAUGUCACCGCUGCUUUAGGCCUCAGGCAUAUUAAACAUUUUAUGAUAACAAAACUGCCAGAAACAGACGAUUCAGUUUUUCAGUUUCAUAGUGAGUUCCUGUUGGGAUUAAUAUGCAGAAGCAGACCAAGCGGCCACUUACAGGAUGAAUCAAGUUCACCUAACUUGGCUGUGUUUAAGUCCAGCUGAACAUGUAAACUCUCCAGAGAAAAGGCCUGAGACAGCAGAUUCACACGAUGCACUUUGCUGUGAGGCAGCACAACUGGAGAAAGAGCAAACCAAGUAAUUAGAGGGUCAAAUCAAUUAUGAAAGCAGCUCAAAGGUCCAUCCUGUCCGUUUCUCAGAGGGAGAUGAUUAGUCUUUCCUAAUGUCCUAACUGGCCUUUUGUGUGAAUGAAUAAUGUCCUAGUUCCCUGUGGCCUGAUGUGACCACAUUAGCGUUCUGUUUCAAUUAACGUUUCUCUGCUGAGAUACAUAAACAAACGUAAAAAAGCAGAAUAACAAUGUUUUAACACACUUUUCAUAAAUAUUAAUACAUCAUAACAUGAUUCUGUGGAUAUUUAACUAAUACAUUACAAAUUAAUGUAGAGAAAAAAAACCUAUUUUCAGCAGAAAGCAGAGAUAUAGAGCAGUGCUUGAGUUUAAAAUGUUUUACAUAAUAACACACUUGUGUUAAACAUGAAAGUUCAGAAAUCAAACAUUUGCAAGUUUUUAUGUCAAAGGCAACCUGACAUAACAACGUGUAAACAUUUCAUUCAUACGCAGCCUCCCAUGGGCGUUAUUAAACAUCAUCCUUCAUUAGCAAAUAAAACAGUAUCUCAUUAAGGACCGGAGAUUUGCUGUUUGUCCAGGGAUUAAUUACAACGUGAGACAGUUAAUAACACAUCCUUUCAUCAUAUCUCAGAGGUCCUCAUUAAUAAAUGUGUUUUGACAAAGUAAUGAGGCAUGGAGCUGAUGUAAUUCUGCCUACUUAAAGUGUAUCCAGUUACAUAAGACUUUAGCAGCAUUCCUUGGAGUUGAAAAGUUCCUAAAAAACAUAAUUUACAUUAUUUCUAUUGCUGUGUCUGAUAUUGUUGUAUUAAUGUGAUCUGAGCUGUCUUAUGGCUCUCAAGAUUGAUAUUUAUAAAGAUAUAUUCCUUUAAAUAAACGUGUUUAAAAGUAUGGAUUUAGAUUUGAUGUUCCACUCUUAAAACAGAUAUUUUUUAAUAAUAAUUUUAAUAUAAUUUAAUCUCUGAAACAGACAUACAGUAGAUUUAACAUUUUAAAAUCACUGUAAACUUUUGAAACAUGAGAAGUCCAGCAUCUUUUGCUGAAAUACUACUUGAUUCUAUCUAAAUACUGUGAUUCAAAUGAUUACAGACUUGAUGUAAUGACAAAUAAAAGUAAAACAGUUAUUAUGAGGGCUGAUAACAUGACACUGACAUUUGUUUAUGAUCUAAAACAAAACUUAACUUCACUAAGAAGUGAAUCGAACUUUCUUCAUAUCUCCUUUUUAUCAAAGGUGCUCAAGAAGAAAAGUUAAAAUCUGUUGUCAUCAAAUGUACAGAUCAUCAGCGAAACAAAAAUUUAAAACAAAUAAAUAAAUAAACUGUGCAGAAUAAAGAGGUUGUUUUGUUUAAUAUGGCCUUGGCUAAUCUACUGAUUCUCUCUUUGUUUGAUUAGAAUUGCUAACAAAAGCAGCAACAGCUCUACAUUUUAAACCCUGAGUCAGGCUCACAACAAAUAAGUAGAAUGGUGCACAUUUUUCCCCCCAUAGUUUCUUUUUGUGUGUGUUUUACCCAUUUUCAUUUUAAAUUCUUCUUCAUCGGUUUCCUCCAUCUUGAGCCUGUCACUUAUGCUUCAAUCAUCAAUGCAUGUAAACUCAUCCUAUUCAUCAGUUUGCUGGCAAUGAAUUCAGUAUUUUGAGGGAACUUCUACUGUAAAACUGUAAUUUACUUUACAUACGGAGUACAAAAUGAAAAAAACAAACAAAAAACCCAAAUGUGCCUUUAAAAUCUAAGAACUUUGUAUUUUCAGUAAUCCUGAUAUUGCAUAUCUUUGCAAAGCCAACAAGAAUCCCAAAGGCAAAAGGUGACGUAGACGACGUACGGUUAUGGUGACAUUAAAUACAGUGAGACGGCCCGUUCUCAACACUUUAGGCAGCAUCACUUUGAAAGUACCAUGUUGUGACUUCUGUGCACACUGACUUCAUUUCUGAUACAUUUUAACAACUGUCUCAUUCAUUUGAAUGACAAUGGAAAACAAAUCUUUUGGCUUUAGUUCUGAGUUAACCUUGGACCCGUUUGUUAUUCCACCAGGAGGAAAGUAUCCCAUAUUUUUUCUGGGUAUUGCGAUUUAUUUUUUUGGAAUUUCCUGCAACCUCACCUUGCUGACUCUGAUCAUGCUAAGGAGGAACCUUCACAAGCCCAUGUAUUUCAUCCUGUUCAGUCUCCCCCUCAAUGAUCUGAUAGGAAUAACUGCAAUGCUGCCAAAAGUACUUUCAGAUAUUGUCACGGAGACACACACGGUUCACUAUCCUCUGUGUGUUUUACAAGCUUUCUUGCUCCACAUGUAUGGUGGUGGAAUACUGUUCAUUCUUGCAGCAAUGUCCAUUGAUCGAUAUGUUGCCAUCUGCAUGCCGUUACGCUACACCUCUGUUAUGACUCCCAGAGUUGUUAUCUGCAUCAUCUCCCUAGUUUGGGGUCUUGACUUUGUCUUGAUUGUAUCGCUGUUCUCCUUGCAGACGAGGCUUCCCAGGUGCAAAUCUGUCAUCAUGAAUGUGUUCUGUGAUAAUCCGUCUCUCCUGAAACUCACAUGUGGGAACACGGCAGUCAAUAAUAUCAUUGGGCUGUUUAACACGGCGGUCAUGCAAGCUGUGAGUGUGUCUAUUCAGGCGUUUUCCUAUGUUAAAAUCCUGAUCACAUGUGUGGUUACAAGAAAAUCUGAAGCAAAGACGAAAGCCGUCAACACGUGUAUCGCACAGUUAGUGAUACUGAUCGUAUUUGAAGUGGUGGGAACUUUCACUAUUUUAUCUCACAGGUUCAAAAAUGUCUCUGCUGACUUGCAGAAGAUAAUGGGCAUGCUCAUAUUUCUUGUACCUCCACUCCUGAAUCCGAUCGUAUACGGGCUGUAUACAAGUGAAAUACGAACCACUCUGCUGAGAGUGUUAAAAAACAGAGUAUCCUUCUAAGUUUCCGUGGAGACAACUGUACAUGAAACCACAGGAAUGUCAUGCUCUUGAGCUCAAUUCCACUUCACGGAUUGUUCUGUGUGAAAGCCCUAAAUCUAAAUGAAAAGGCUGUUUUUUGAGUAUGACAGGAUUUGAGCAUUUCUUUACUGAUAUUUUUGUUUUGACUAAAUAUGACUUGCUGUGAAUUUAAAAAACAAAGGUGCAGCUUACUGCAAUCAUAAAAAUGUAUUUGAGCUAGUAACUUAUCUAGGUAGUGAUCUUUUUUUUAGCGUUUUCAGUUGGUGUGUUUGGUGCUUUGUGUUGAUUAAGAAGAGCGGUCAGUAUAUGGAAAACAUACUGCACAUAGUCGAGCAUGUUUUGCUGAUAUUUUAAUUCAAGGAGUUUUAACUGACUUAAAAUGCAACCUGUUAUUAACUAUCAUCUUUCCUUUUUAUUGUAUGUUUAAAUAUUGUUUUCUGUAAAGAAGAGUGAACUUUGUAGCUCAUCGUUUUAAGAAUGCACAUUUUCAUUUACUGUGUUUCAGUUUAUGUUCCAUAACUAUCUGGUGUCAAACAACUUCACAUCUACUAAUGACACUGCUUUUUUUUUUCUUUUUUUUUAAAAAAGAGGAAUAAUCUAAAAGAGGAUGCUUUUCUAUAAAAAGAUGUCUGAUGUUUUCCAUUAAUAAAAUCCAGUUAUUUUGAAACGUU